GGACACGCCUUUUGGCUAGACGGCUACCGCAUGCAUUAUGGCUAUCGGUGAACGGGUACGGUUUCGUACCACCAAAUUCUGUUUUGAGCUAACUGGAUUACUUCCCCUGAAAAAUGGCGGAAUUUAGUAAUGUGCAAGAUGCAUACGAAAAUUUAAGGCAACACGAGUUGCAGACCAACAGCAGAUAUGCUUCUUCUAAGGUUACAAAGGAUUUCGGAAAGAUUGGUUUGGAGACAGCUAAGAAAGUGUUUUGGGAAGACCCUUCCGAGGUGUUGCAUGGGAGAAUUAAUUUCAGUGGUACACCAUUUGUAAUACUCGGAAGGAAAAUAUUUGACUGCCAGUUUGGUAAAAACAGGAAAGAAAAACGUAAAUUGCAAAAAGAUCUUGAAAGGAGAGAUGAAGACCACAGGUACACAAAAGGAAAGAAGUUUUUGAUGCAAGACUCUAAGAAAAUUGGUUGCCCUGCGAGAUGUGUAUUUAGGGAAAUAUGCAGGUUCCCCACAUUUACGGUUGCUUUGUAUCGACAAGGAUGCCACCGGGGGCAUGAAGCGUUUAUUGAAUGCAGCUCCCUGUUUUCUUAUAGUGAAUGCAUGUGGUGUUGCGAUUCAUGCACUGAAUGGUUCCAUCCAAAAUGUAUUGGUAGAGAUGACGAAGAGGAACCACCCAGAAAUGAAACGUCAUUCCUGUGCAAGCCUUGUCUGGCCAUAGGUGACGAAUAUGAAAAUGUGGACGUGGAGCUGCGGAAAACAGAGGGGAAAACUACAAAUAAAUCCAAUUCACUUCUGUUGAAUUAUAUCAUGAACGACAGAGAAAAGUACAUCAAUUACACAAGAGGAAUUAAUGCAUGAUCUGCUCCAUUACAAGUUAUUUGUGACACUAUAUUGAUCUGAAUUCAUACGACUAGAGGUCGUUAAAGUCAAGUACCC